GCCCGGCCGAGCAAGCGCGGCGAGGAGCCCCCAGCGGCUUGGCGGAGGCGCUCCGUUUCCCCCGCCGAGUGGAGCAGCGCCGCUAGAAGAUUAUGGCACAGGCUCAAGGUUUUGGGAGAAGAUACCUUAAAGCCUUCUUUAAAGGUUUCUUUGUUGCUGUUCCUGUAACUGUGACCUUCCUAGAUAGAGUUGCCUGUGUAGCCAGAGUGGAAGGAGCAUCAAUGCAGCCUUCCUUGAAUCCUGGGGGAAGACAAGCAUCUGAUGUAGUGCUCUUGAACCAUUGGAGCAUUCGAAAUUAUGAUGUGCAACGUGGGGACAUUGUGUCAUUGGUGUCUCCUAGAAACCCUGAACAGAAGAUCAUUAAACGAGUGAUUGCUCUUGAAGGAGACAUUAUCAAAACUAUUGGAUACAAAAAGAAGUACGUGAAAGUUCCACAUGGGCAUAUUUGGGUGGAAGGUGAUCACCAUGGACACAGCUUUGAUAGCAAUGCGUUUGGCCCGGUUUCUCUUGGACUUCUACAUGCUCGUGCUACUCAUAUCCUCUGGCCUCCAAAACGCUGGCAGAAGUUACAACCAAUGCUACCUCCAGAACGCAAACCUCUCCAGAGAGAGCAAUAAUGAGCUAAACAUUUAGAUGAAAAAACAAGGGGUGAAGCAAGAAAUGCCAUGGUUUUAUCAUCAUCUGUAAAAGCUUUGCCAAGUGUGCUUUGAUACCCAAUACCAUAUCAGCAAAUAAAUGCAAUAUCUUCAUGUUAAA